AUGGCUUCAACAGGUUAUGGGCCCAGCAGAGAAUCACGCUGGUCAAGGUUGACUUUCGAUGGAAACGAAAGCAAUUACGAACUGUGGGAAGCGAAAUUCCUCGCGCACAUGAGGUUAUUAAAACUAAAGGAUACUAUCCUGCCGUCUGAAGAAGAGGCUGACGCAACAAAGAACGAAGAAUGCUACGCCGAGCUUAUACAGUGUUUGGACGACACCAGUCUGUCAUUGGUAAUGAGGGAUGCUACCGACGAUGGCCGAAAGGCUUUACAAAUACUCCGAGACCAUUAUUCAAAUCAAGGCAAACCAAGAAUCAUCACACUCUACACUGAGCUAACGUCACUUGAAAAAGCACUUCACGAGACAGUCACAGAUUACUUAAUAAGAGCCGAGAAAGCAAUAACAGCGCUUAAGAAUGCCAAAGAAACGUUAAGCGAUGGGCUAAUAAUUGCUAUGAUCUUAAAGGGGCUGCCUGAUUCAUAUAAACCGUUCUCGAUACAUGUGACCCAAAGUGCAAGUGAGAUAACGUUCGCGAAGUUUAAGAGCAUGUUGAGGAGCUUCGAAGAAACGGAAAAGCUCAACACCAACUGAGUUUCCUUCGCAAACAAUGACAUGUUAUGGCUGCGGGAAAAGAGGGCAUUUAGUCAGAGAGUGCCCUGCUAAGAGCGAGAAGAAGUGGUGUAACUAUCACAAAAGUACAACACACUCGGAUAGCACCUGCAGAAGUCAGCAAAAGAGCAAAGACCAAGCCAAACAGGUGUCGGAGAAAGAAAACACCUCUAAAGAUGAACAUUCAUUUGCAUUCAAAGUUAACGACGAAGCAACAGGGAAAAUCAAUCGAAUGGGAAUGUUGGUUGACACAGGUGCCACUUCUCACAUUGUUACUACUGAUAUUUUAAAGCAAAUAGACAUGACAUUUAAACCAUCAAAACAUUACAUUGAACUGGCUGAUGGCACACGAGCCAGUAAUAUUGCAUUGAAACGAGGGGAUGCUGAAGUGUUUCUGAAAGAUACAAAUGGAAAAUGUGUGAAAACGGUGCUGAAAAACGCCUUAUAUAUACCAUCCUAUCCUCAAGAUAUUUUCUCAGUGAAGGCAGCAACAUCAAAUGGAGCCGAGCCUCGAUUUGCCCAAGAUACUGGUGAGCUAACCCUUGAAGAUGGUACCAUUGUUGAAAUUGAAGAACAUGGACGGUUGUACUAUUUGACUUCCAUAGACAGUCAUGAGAACGAUAGCGUAAGUGAAGUAGAUAAAGUAAAUCUGUCGUAUGAUAUUAACACAUGGCAUGAAAUCCUAGGGCACUGCAAUCAGUGGCGUAGCCAGUCUGACUAUUUACUCCUGCUGUGCAAAUAUUCCUGUGUUCAUAGACUGUAAAAACAAUGAAUUUCUAAAGAAAUGAAUAAUGAUAAUGCUUUGAAAUUUACAUAGCAGGACUAAAUUUUCAGGCUGGCUACGCUACUGACUGCAAUUUUGAAGAUAUUAUAAAACUACAGGGGGUAGUUAAGGGCAUGAAAUUCUCAGGUAAAAUUGAGUCAUCUAAGUUAGGUUGUAAUACAUGUGUAGAAGGAAAAUUUGUAAACAGCAGGAGUAGGAUUCCUGAUGAAAGAUCUCAAAAAUCAUUGGAGAAAGUGCAUGUGGAUUUGGCAGGUCCAGUUUCUCCUGUAUCAAGAGAGGGGUUUAAGUACUGCAUAGCUUUUACUGAUGAUUUCUCAGGAGCAGUAUUUGUUUACUUUCUGAAAUGUAAAAGUGACACCUUUGUAGCAACAGAGAAAUUUCUAGCAGACAUCACUCCUUAUGGCAAGGUAAGUUGCAUCCGUUCUGACAAUGGCUCAGAAUUUACAGGUAAGGCGUUUCAAACACUACUAAGGGAGCGUGGCAUAAAACAUGAAACUUCUGCUCCCUACUCGCCACACCAGAAUGGCACCGCCGAAAGGCACUGGCGCACAUUGUUCGAAAUGGGCAGAUGUCUUCUUCUUCAAUCAGGGUUACCCAAAACUCUCUGGCCCUAUGCAAUUCAAACCGCAGCUCACAUUAGGAAUAGAUGUUUUAAUAAGAGAACAAAGACAACACCCUACUUUAGCCUUACUGGGAAAGUACCUGAUCUUUCUAAAAUGUGGAUCUUUGGAUCUGAAUGUUUUGCUUACGAACAGGAGCAUAAGAAAUUAGACUCAAGAUGCAGCAAGGGGGUAUUUGUGGGAUACGACAAAAAUAGCCCUUCUUACCUAGUGUACUACCCAAAAAAUGGGAAAAUCAUGAAACAUCGACUCAUUAGAUUCAUCAAGAAAUGUAGUGUAGAACAGCACACACAAACUGAUGAGUCCAGCACAUUGUGA